UUCCCCGCCGCCUCCUCUCCGCUCCCUUCCGCGCCUUUUCCGCGCCCCUCCCGCCGUUAUGGGGCCGCCCCCCGCCUCCCUGGCGCUGCUGGGGCUCGUCGUCGCCGUCGUCUCCGCCGUCCCGCUGCCUUUGCCCGACGCCGGGCCCCACGUUAACUACGGGUGGGGGGAACCGAUCCGGUUGCGGCACCUUUACACCGCCAGCAAACACGGGCUCUUCAGCUGCUUCCUACGCAUCGGCGGAGACGGGCGGGUGGACGCCGCCGGGAGCCAGAGCCCGCAGAGUCUGCUGGAGAUCCGCGCCGUGGCGGUGCGCACCGUGGCCAUCAAGGGAGUGCGGAGCUCCCGUUACCUCUGCAUGGACGAGGCGGGGCGGCUGCACGGGCAGCUCAGAUAUUCCACCGAGGAUUGUUCCUUUGAAGAGGAGAUCCGUCCAGACGGCUACAACGUCUAUAGAUCAAAAAAACACGGAAUAUCGGUGUCCUUGAGCAGUGCCAAGCAAAGACAACAGUUCAAAGGGAAAGAUUUCCUUCCGCUGUCUCACUUCUUACCCAUGAUCAACACGGUGCCCGUGGAGUCCGCAGACUUUGGGGAGUACGGGGACUACAGCCAGGCCUUUGAACCCGAGGUGUACUCCUCACCACUGGAAACGGACAGCAUGGACCCCUUUGGCAUCACCUCCAAACUGUCGCCGGUGAAGAGCCCCAGCUUUCAGAAAUGACUCUGAUCAAACACACACACACGUUUUUUUAAAGAAAUACUGCAGAAUACUGCAGGGUUGUUUGUUUUUUUAGCUUUUCGUGUAGUGAUAUUUCGAACUUUUUUUGUAUAUUUCAGUACAGAGCCAGCAUUUUCCUUGCCAUGUGUUGUACCUGUAAGAGAUGAGUGCCCAGAGGCUAUUUUGUAGUCGAAAGAAUUGCCUAUCCAUAGUUUUAUUUGGAAAGGGAGAAAGAACCUUUUCAUAAGAAAAGCUUAACAGCUUCAUCAGAUUUCCUCCAUUACUGUGGUGAUGAUAAAAUACUUAUAAUUUUUCUACAUCAACUUCAUCACCAUGUGUGUUCAUCUAUUAUUUCUGCUCAUAGGAGCAAAUGCAGAAAACCUUUUUUUUUUUCCAGUCACAGGGAGGUUAAUGAACUCGUAGCUUCAGGGGCCUUAAAGACAAACACUGGGAACACAACACAAUUAAGGAAAACCUAGCAAAUGUGGUUACACGAACUAGGGUUAACGCUGUUUCUUGAAAAGCUGCUGACAACGUUCUGGGAAAACUUUCUAUUGAAAGCAUACCACUGGAAAAACAAUUCUGCUUGUAUAUUGUGCUUUUUCUUCCCUUAGGAAAUGAGGGAAGGAAAAAUUUCUUCCUUCCCUUAUUGCUAGAGGGUUCUUUGGAAAACUUUGGAUCUUUGAUUUUUUUUUUUUAAAGGCUAAUUUAUGUUCACUGUGGGAUCAGCAUCAUCCAGCAGAGAGUUCCCAUUAACAUUGGUGAGAAUUCAGUGCGCGGUUGGAAGAGUGCACAGAACUAGCAUUUAUGUUCUUGGGGUAGGGAAUGCCCAGCUCAAAUUCAUGUUUAAAUUAAGGUUCUGUCAUAUAUCAGCAUGUGUGUCGUUAGCAAACGGAGAGAAAGACUGCAAACGGAGAGAAAGACUGAAAAUGGAUGAUGUAUAGGUCAAAUCAAUUGCAAAAGAGGUUUUCGUGUUUAACCUUUAACCAUCAGCAAUUCUUUCAAGUCCCUUCCAGGCUCGAUCCUGCAUCUGUGGGAACCAGGGGGGAGACAGUUUAGUGAUUUAAAUGCUGCAGAAGUGGGUCAGCCACGCUGCUCUUCUUGCAGGAAGGGAUUAUGUAUGAGUACCUUGUGGCCAAAACACAGAUGUCUGGUGUCUUCAGUUCUGUUCUCUCAUUCUAAGAAUUUGGUGAAGGAAAAAAGGAAGGUGAAACCAAAGGAAAAAAAAAAAAAGAAGUGAAAAAAGGUACAGGGAUUCUACUUGUUUCCAAAGGUUCUUUUAUAAUAGAUAUUUCUAUACAAAAAAAAGCUUUCCUGGAAAUACUGGUGUUCUUCUGACCUAGCACUUCAUUGCCAAUGCAAUAUUUAUAAUUAAUUUAUUUAAUACAUACACCUGUUUAUUUUGUUACUGUUAUUUAUGCUUGAAAUUCUAUUUAUAUACUCC